AGCGAAUUAAGUCAAUUACUAUGUCUGAUCAAAACUCAAAGGUCUUGCAUCUCUUAUUUCUGGAUGAUUUUUCAAAUAGCAAAAUAUGUAAAAGUAUACACAGAACAUGUGUUUGCCAACUGGUUACUUGGUUAGUGGGUUGACAUUUUGUCAAGUUGAGAUAAAAAAAAUUACUGGAAUGGUUUAUAGGCAUCAAUAUUCAACCGUAGACAUUCAUAGUUUUGUUGGCAGCAAAACAAUGGAUUUUGGCUUCAGAUCAUCUCUCACUAGAUUAUCAAUUUCUAGUAUUGUUAUUGCAAUCUUGCUUUCUUCAUUCACUUUCACUUGCACAGAAGCGUAUGAUGCCCGUGACCCGAAUGGAAACAUCACAAUAAAAUGGGAUAUUAUGAAUUGGACCCCUGAUGGUUAUGUUGCUGUUGUUACAAUAUAUAACUUCCAACAUUAUCGUCGUAUUUCACCUCCCGGGUGGACCUUAAGUUGGACUUGGGCUAAGAAAGAGGUGAUAUGGAGCAUUUUUGGAAGUCGAACGACAAAGCAAGGAGAUUGUUCAAAAUUCAAAGGUAGGCGACCACAUUGCUGCAAGAAGACUCCAACGGUUGUUGACUUAUUACCAGGAACCCCUAACAACAAGCAGGUUGCAAAUUGCUGCAAGGGAGGUGUUAUCAACUCGUGGGCCAAAGAUCCCAACAAUUAUUCUAGCUCGUUUCAAAUUAGUGUUGGUUUAGCCGGAACCACUAACAAGACAGUCAAACUACCCAAGAAAUUUACCUUACUUGCACCUGGCCCUGGCUAUACCUGUGGACCGGCUGUAGUUGGUAAACCAACAAAGUUCAUUACUCCAGAUGGAAGAAGAGUAACUCAAGCCAUGAUGACAUGGAACGUUAUAUGUAAGCGAUGAUCAUAUCCGGAUGCUAGUACGAGGCCUGGUUAUGAGCUUUAAUCAUAAGAUCCUAAGGCCCUAAUUCUGUUAUAGGUUUUUUGAACUUGUAUCCCUAAGGCUCAUGUUAUGUUAUUAUGCAUAAUGAAGUCAUUGUUUCUAAAGUUUACUUGGAAAUACAUUUGAUGUAUUAAUUCCAUUCUAAAAAUUGUGUUUAAGAAGAAAGUCAGAGUUAAUUAAAUAGAUACCU